AUGUAUUCAUUUAGCGUCCCUGAUAUGAACCCAUGGCAAGGAUUCCGCUUGCACUGGACGUCGCUGAUCAUUAUAAUCAGGGAAAUUGGGGCAAGCCAUGCUGCUUGGCCUGCUCCGUUCGGCCGCGGGCCAACCCGGGUCGGUGAGAAUGCGAGAGCUGAAGGUUACGGUCCGAUCGGCACGGACCGCGCAACUAAACGGGCGAUCCCGCCGGUCUCGAUCCUGCAACAAGAUCAGAAUCGCAAUGUCGCCGAGCAAGCAGACAUCGUCCUGCUUGGGUGCAAACAUUCCAGCCUCGGCGAGCUGGUGCAUGAUUUGCAGGGCGUGCUUCAUGACCCGCGUCGGAUCCUGGUCAGCCUGAUGGGGGGCGUAUCGCCAGGUCUCAUCGUAGAGGCAUUACACUUCUGGACGGGGCCCGUCGUGCGUGCCGUCUGCAGUGUUGCAAUGGAGGUCGGCGAAUCCAUCACCCUUCUAUCCACCACCGACAAUGGCACAGACGACGCAGAGAGCCGGCGCGCAGUGACCGACCUUUUCGCAUCAGUAGGCGUGGUGCAGUGGCUCCCGGAAUGCCAAAUGAAUGUCGCGUCCGCGUUAAGCGCAUCGUCUCUGGCCUUCUUUGCUCAGAUGAUCGAAGGUCUGGCCCAGGGAGUUGCAGAACAACAUAGUAAUAGCGACAACACUGCGCAACAGCUGCCAUUGGAUGUGGCCUUGGCAAUUACGGCACAGGCAGCUCGGGGCACGGCCGCCCUUCUGCAGCAGUCAAAAUCUCCGUCUGACUUGGUCGCACAAGUAGCCACAAAGGGUGGAGCGACUGCCGCUGGACUAGCGGUAUUAGAAAAGGAAAAGGUUGUUCAAACACUUCAGACUUGCGCUGCCAUCACCGCAAAAGCCACGGCCGCACUCGCACCAAGUGUCGGUGCCAAUGGCGAGGACAAAACGACAGGCAUGAAGAUCUCCCGAGCUGACUCUUCAAGCUGA